GAGUUCAUUUGUAAGCUUAUUAUAAGAAACGCAUCAAUUUAAACACACCUUGUUACCGAUUUUAUCUAAAUCUAAAAAUAAAAAAUAAAUAUGAAGAACAUACAUACAUAUACUUGUAUUCUAGAGUCCGGCAUAGUUUUAAUUGCAAUCGAAGACAUUUCUAAAUUAUUAAUUAAUCAGUGUUAUAAGUAGAACUGAUUAACGGCGUUUAAUUACAAUAAAAAUACUUACAAAAGAAUUUAAAAAAAUAUAUAUUUAUAUAUAAUAUAUGUAUGCACAACUGCGGCUCCUUCAGCGUAAUCACUUUGCGCGCUUGGGAGUCAAAUCUGAUGCAGAGAUAACGCGGCUUAUUUUCUAGCCACUUUUUUCUUUAUAUACAUACGUACAUACAUCAUACACACACAUAAAUACAUAGGUAUAUAUAUAUAGAUUAAAGUAUUUGUGUCAAAACAUCUAGUUUGAGUAAUUUUACUUAUGUGUUGCGUUUAUUGGAGUAAAUAAUAUUUUAUUUACCUUUUUCCACGAUUCCAUUUAAAUGAGCGCUGAAUGAGAGAUAAGGGCGCCUAUAAGAUGCCUGUGAACCCCGAAAAUCAGCUUCAUUCCCAGGCAAUCGCUUGCUAGCAGUAGACAGUUUUGUGGUUUUUUUAAAAAAAUAAAUAAGAUAAAAAGUUACAUUUAAAAAUAAAUAUAAUAAAUGUGUUGUUGAUUCGACUUGUGGUUUCCUAAGCUUUGUGUUGAAAAAAUACUGUGAUAGUCGGCUGUGGUUUCAAAAAAAAUCUAUAUAAAAGUUACAGUUACAAAAGUUGUAUCACUAAUUUUCAAUCUACCGUGUUGUGUAUAACAUUUAAAGUUUGCGCGUUAGAAAUUGAAAAUUUUUUGGAACAAAACAAAAUGGAAUUGCCAGUGCCCGUGGAAUUGAAGCAAUCGCUCUAUGUGCCGAAUAAAACACUGAUGGGACCCGGUCCCUCCAAUUGCACACAACGUGUACUCGAUUCGUUAAGUAAUCCAGUUUUGGGACAUAUGCACCCAGAAUGCUUCGAGAUCAUGGACGAUAUUAAGGCUGGCGUCAAAUAUCUUUUCCAAACGAAAAACACUGCUACGAUGUGCAUUAGCGGCUCGGGACAUGCCGGCAUGGAGACAGCUUUUGUUAAUCUUGUGGAGGAUGGUGAUGUUGUGCUACUCGCCUGCACCGGUUUGUGGGGAUAUCGUGCCGCCGAAAUGGUUAAACGUUUAAAUGGUGAUGUACGCUAUGUGGAAUCACGUUUUGGUCACGCAUUGUCACUAAAAGAAAUCGAAUUCGCCUUUGAGGGACACAAACCACAAGUUUUCUUCAUUGCGCAAGGCGAUUCCUCGACUGGCAUAUUGCAGCCACAACUGAAGGAAAUCGGUGAGCUUUGUGAAAAAUACAAUUGCCUUUUCGUGGUUGAUACGGUCGCCUCACUGGGAGGCGUCGAAUUCCUAAUGGAUGCCUGGAAAGUUGAUAUGACCUACACGGGUUCACAAAAGGUGCUUGGUGCACCAGCCGGCAUCACACCGGUAUCAUUCAGUGAUCGUGCCAUUGCACGUAUAAGAGCACGCAAAUCCUAUGUGAAGUCAUACUAUUUUGAUGCGCUGCUCGUUGGACAAUAUUGGAACUGUUUCGACACGCCACGCAUAUAUCAUCACACCAUUUCCUCUACGCUCUUAUAUGGACUGCGCGAGGCAUUGGCACAAUUUUGUGCUUUGGGUCGCAAAAAUGUGAUACAUCGCCAUCAGGAGUGCUCACAUCGGCUGCAGUGUGGUGUGGAGGAGAUCGGGUUGGAAAUGUUUGUAACGAAAGCCAAUGAUCGUUUGCCCACCGUAAACACCAUCAAGGUGCCAGCGGGUGUGGAGUGGCAAAAAGUGUCUCAAUACGCGAUGAGAAAAUACAAAUUGGAAAUAAGCGGUGGCUUAGGACCCACAGCCGAACAGGUUUUCCGUAUUGGACUGAUGGGCACGAAUGCCACUUGCGAACGCGUCGAUUUAGUGCUCAAUAUUUUGCACGAAGCCAUACAAAGCUCAAAAUUAGGUGAAAAAUCCAAGAUUUAAUAGAAAUAUUAACUUUUUAUUUACUAUAUAUUCACCCACAUUCAUAUAUGCAGCAUUUCUAUUAGCUUUGGUUGUCCAUCAAUUUUGUUACUCUCACAUACAGAUCUUUUGUAAUACUCAUGCAUAUAGUUAUAGUUAUAAAGUAAAUUAAAAAUACUUGAAAACAAA